AUGGCUCUUCUUGAUCGGCCAUUGACCCCGCCCAGCAGCUCCUUGUCAACCAAGAAGCCUGUACAUAGUUCAAUUGAGCUUACUUUCCACAUGAAAUACAAGGAGAAGGUCUUGAGCACAUACCUGCCAUAUGUACUAGAAAGAUCGGACACCAUAGAAGAAGAAAACAGGGUGGUGAAGUUAUACUCCCUGGGAAAUUUCAAUGAAAAUUAUAAUGGUCCGUGGACAUCAAUCAAUGUGGACCAUCCAUCCGCUUUUGACACAUUGGCAAUGGAGCCAAUGCUCAAGAAGGAACUCAUUGCUGACUUCGACAGAUUAGUCAAGAGAUGGGAGAUAAUUCUAUCUGGGUUGCUUGAUUUCAUUGAUGGACUGUGGUCAAGCUUUGGUGAUGAGAGGAUAAUCAUGUUGACUACAAAUCAUAAAGAAAGGUUAGACCCUGCAUUGUUGAGACUAACCUGCAUGGACAUGCACAUUCAGAUGUUCUACCACACUCGUUCUGAAUUUAACAUCCUAGCUUCUAACUACCUCAGCAUCAAAAGUUACUGA